ACUCACUGGAUGGGGCAGGGGCGUGAGGUAGAAGGGUGACCGGUUGUUCGCUCGCAGCAGAUCUGCGGUUCUGUCAUGUGAGACGCGUUCUGUUGCAAGACAGGGGAGACGCAGCGCACUACGCCUUCUCUCUAGACGCGCUCCGGACUACCGGGUGUGUGGAACACCAACAGGACGCGGCACAACUCAUUCUCAAGUGGACUACAACAGCGCGAAGCAGGCUUUUCUGUGCUGGGUGGCUUCAAGUGGGACACAGUGGGUAAAACGCGGAUCACUGUUCCUUUUCAAACAGUUGUUGGAACUGUAAAGCUACAGAGGAAUAGGGGACGCAUGAGGAUAUCUGAGCAUUUACACGCAACGCUACACGACCGUCUGGUGUGAUGCUUAUUUUACACGACUCGCUCGGAAGCAAAUAUUAACAUUGUUUAGGACAUUUUGUCGCAUUUACAAGUAGCAAGUCAAAAUUCGUGUCAAACAGUCAACUAACAAGAGUGCAAGAUUCACGAUGAUUACUCUGAUCUUCACAGUAUUACUCGGAGCGAGAGCAGUGCUGGGCACUCAGGAGUCGUGCGGCUCAGGGAAGUUCACCACCUCUGGGGAAUGCUGCAUUCAGUGCCAGCCUGGAGAGGGGGUCCUGGAGGAGUGUGGAGAGUCCCAGACUGUGUGUAUGCCAUGCCUGGACAGUGAGUAUACGUGGAAUAGCUGCAAGCAGAACAAGCAGGGUGCGGGCAUACGGGCAGGCACUGCCAACCCAAGUCAGACGCCAUCGCCCGAGGGGGAGAAGCUCCAUAGCGACAGCGGAAUCUCUGUGGACAGCCAGAGCCUGCAGGAACAGCUCCAGCAAGGAACACACACUGUGGUGAAGAUAGAUGGAGGCGUGUCCUGUCUGGCGUUGCCUCUGCACACACGCGAGGAGGUGGAGAAGCUGCUGAGCCAGGGCUGUGAAGGGGAGGGGCAUGAAGUCAUGGAAGAAACCGAUUGGUGCAGCCUGGCGGUGUUGCUGGGAUACGAGGAGGAGCGCAUUGCCACCUUCAGGCAGGAGGAGCGGCCUAUUCAAGCUCUGCUCAGCGAUUGGGCGAGCCAAGAUUCCGCAAGCGUAGACACGCUCUGCACCGCGCUGAGGAAGAUCAACCGUGACGACAUUGUCCAGAGCCUCGGCAUCAGGCCCACUGCCACGUCUGCCGUGUGAAACACACACACACACACACACACACACACUCACUCACUUACCUGCACCCACA